AUGACCCACACAUCGACAGCCAAGCACGAUGCCAGCCAGGCCAUUACAUGCAUACCGCCCCUCCCCACGGAGAUCUGGCUACAAAUCCUAGAGCACGACGACCCCAAGCAUAUGUGGCUUUCUGUUCGCAACAGCUCCAGCAUGUACAGAGACUGCGUCGAGCGUCUUUUCACCUCGAAGUACUUGCCCAAGCUUUCCAUUGCGCUUUCCCUCCCACGUCGAGAUCCAGCGACAGGCAAGAUGCGAUGGCGAGGCGAUCCAAUUCCAGGGUCUCAGCUGAAGAUGACGUACAGUCGACUCAGCGAGGAUGGAAAGCACCUACGGCUUGAAUCUCCAGCCGUAGUGAAGGAUAGAUCCAGCGAAAGAACCUUAGAAGAACUAAAAGACGCAGGAACAUUGCCGAAGGAGCGCUUAGAGGAGGCGCCUGCCUACGUCAGCAUGAGCUCACUUUCCUUCGCAGGCUUGACGGUUGAUGUGCCAGUCCAGGUCGAUUGGGACGAAGCGCGGAAGAUCUGGGUUUGGGACAUUGAAUGGUCAAAGCUGCUUAGUCGGUUUUACGAUGCGAAGGAGAAGCAGGCGAAGAGAUGGCCUUCGACAUCCCGUGAAAUUACAAAGCAUGAACGGCGUACACGGUGA